AUGAGUGUCAUACGGGUUGAAAUUGACGGUCGCUCGCAAAAACCUGGAGGUUUUAGUAAGAAAUUGAACGUGCGCUGGUUUAUCUCUAGACAUCUGCGUCUAAAAGACUCAGAAAUGCGGCUGUUGGUGGUGCAGUUUAAUGCUUUACUCUUAAUCCCCUCAAUGAGUAUUGAUUACGAAAUCAUUGGUGAAUGCCAGAACUUAAGGAUUCUGACAAAUUUUAAAAUCCUCACCCGACUUAUUUAUACUGGUGAAGAUGAAGAUGACUUCUACUGCUUGUUAAAUGUUGAAACAUACAAAGAAAUGACAGUUGAGGAGAUGGAAGAUGUUUGUAGUAAAUAUUAUGAAGGUCAUGCGCUUUCUAUAGCAAACGAAGAAGAAUUCAAGCUUUUUGAUCGUGUUUUGCUUAAAGAUCAGCAUUUGGAAAAAGAGCAGUACAUCUGGAUUCCAUUAGGAAUCAAUCACAAAAUGGAUUAUUUUUAUGACUUCACAGAUUCAGCUUUUAUUGUGAGUAAAAAACAACGUUUGCCGUAUGUGACGUGGAAAGGUGGCGACUGCUACGCAUUUGUUAGGGUGGGAACAGAACCCGAUGAUGAGGGAGAAUGCCCCAGAUAUCCCUUGCAGCUGUAUAUCGUGCCUCCUAGACUAGUAUCUGUCAAUCACGGGUCAUUUAAAUAUUGUUUGUUCUUACUAAGCGCUGACAAUAUUUUGGAGAAUCCAAAUAAGUACGACCCUAUUAGUCAAGGUUAUGCUGUCGAUUUUGACACUGCUGCACAAUACUGCUUGCGGAAGUUCAAUGGUCAUUUGCUGUCAAUUCAAGAUGCUGAAGAACUUAUGUUUAUUAGCAACUCCCUGUACCAUUGCGUUGACGAAGGAUGUGUCGCCAAGUUAGAAUUAUUACUUGGUUUACAAUCCCGUGGUAAAACUGCAGCUGCGUUUUUUGCUGAUGGAACAAAAACUGAAUACGUCCUUUCAAGGGUAGAAAUUUUUCACAAUACGACAGAAAGAUUAUGCUUCUUCCUUUCGUCAUUCUAUCGCUUCUCCAUCGUUACUAUAGUGGCAAAGAAAUGUGGAUGGUAUUAUUACUUUGUCUGUAAAGCGCCAGUGAAAUAUGAGCUAGAACACAAAAAGUUGCCUCGGUAUAAUGUUCUAGAUGUACGUAUUGACGAUCAUUACUGUUUUUUAAAACAGUAAGUAACUGAUAAAUGCAACGGACCGCGACAUUUUAAUUAUACUAGUGAACCGAAGUAUAUUACAGCUACUGGAAAUAAGAAGUCAUACUGCCUUUAUGACGUUGAAGUCAACAAUCAGCAAAAUAUUACUUCCUAUACUGCUGCCAGUAGCUUUUGCAGAAAAACCUUUGACGGCUUUCUGUUAUCAAUUGUUGAUGCCGAGGAAGAAGUUUUCCUGCAAGAUACGCUGUUUAAUUCAUUCGAUGCUGAAACUGAAAAAUAUUAUGAUAUGAGACUUCUUGGUCUCCGUCGAAGACGUCGAACAGGAGGCAAAGGUUAUACGUUUACCGAUGGAACUGACCCUACCUAUGCUUUGGCCCGAUCUGACAACGACAAAAUUACUUUCGAUGCUGCCGGAAAUUGUUUUGUUUUUAUUCGCUCCUAUAAGCAACAAAGAGGUACGCAAGACUGA